AUGGUACAAGAAAUCAUAUCCAUUCCGGUGUUUCUUCAAUAUUCUGUGACUGCCUUUCAGGACGGCUUUGUUUUGAUAACUUUCGUUUUCUUCGCGAAUACUGCAUCGGAUAAGCUAUUGUUUUUCCUUUACUUGGUCGCGGUGCAACUGCAAAUAUUUCCCACUUGCUACUAUGGCACGGUCUNACUUCAAGUGCUGCCCCUUUGCGCCGGUUCAUUCACCGCAAGUUUCAAAUACAUAAGCUACUACAAAAAGCUUGAAUUGGUGCGGGAGUUAGAACAAGUUUUCAGUAAUUUGGAUGCGCGCAUACAGCUCGCUGAAGAUCGCAAGUACUUCGCGGACAUUCAACGACGCACCGACUUCAUCAUGAAUGCAUCACGUGGCAUGUGCACGUUUUUCUUCGCAGUUACAUUAAUGUCGUUCGCAGCGUCAAUUGGUGAGCGUCGCUUGGCCUUUGAAAUCGCAAUGCCUUUCUUCGAUUACCGCGCAUCGACCACAGCAUAUAUUGCGGCGGUGGGUAUUGAACUGGGGCUACUAGUAUUCGAUCUGUUGCAGGCUUUAGUGAAUGACACAUUUCCGGCGGUUGCUUUAUGUGUGCUAUCGGAUCAUACGCAUUUGUUGGGCGAACGGCUGGCUAGAAUUGGACACAGCAGUGAAGAUGUACGGGCGAAUAUCGCAGAAUUGCAGCGCUGUAUUAUUGAUCAUCAAUACCUGUAUAGGUAG